GCGGGUGCCAGGCCGGGCGGCGCCGCGGCGCCGGGGCGGCCGCCUCGGGGGGCGGGCGCUCCGCCGUGCGCUCUCAGGCACCGCCACGCGGGGCUGGCCAGGCACCUGCAGGCGAGGCGGUGCGCCGCGGGCGCGAGGCUGUACCGGGGCGUGCUGUCCACGGAGUACAGCCCGCAGCUGGAGUUUAGGCGCGGCGACGAGAACCCCUUCGGCGUCUUCCAGCUGAUGGGCCCGGACGGUGUGCUGCGGGAAGGAGCCAGCCUGCCGUUCUCGCUCGAGGAGGGGGUGCGCAUGUACGAGGUCAUGCUGCGCUCGGCGGUGUACGACCAGUUCCUCCUGACGAUGCAGCGGCAGGGCCGGAUCAGCUUCUACUGCGCGAACUUCGGGGAGGAGGCGACGGGCGUGGGCACCUGUGCAGCGCUGUCGCCAGAGGACCUGAUCUGGCCCCAGUACCGGGAGUUCAGCGCGUUCCUGUGGCGCGGCCUGACGCCGCAGGCCAUCGUCGACCAGAACAUAGGGAACGAGGGUGACACCAGCAAGGGCAGAAACCUGCCCGUCCACUACUGCAUGCUGGACAAGAACAUGCAGACCGUUCACGCGGUGCUCGGGACCCAGGUGCCGCAGGCGCCCGGGGCAGGCUACGCUUUUAAGCUCGGCAAGGAGGACCGAGUGUCUGUGGCCUACUUUGGCGACGGCGCGGCAUCGGAGGGAGACGCGCUAACGGCCCUGAACUUCGCGUCGGUCUACGGCUCGCAGACCCUGUUCAUCUGCCGCAACAACGGCUACUCCAUCUCCACCGGCGUGGAGGACCAGUACGGCGGCGACGGUAUCGCCGCGAGGGGGCCAGCCUUCGGCAUCCCCACGGUGCGGGUGGACGGCAACGACCUGGUCGCGGUCUUCACAGCCACAAGGGAGGCGCGUCGAAUGUGCGUAGAGCAGAAGACGCCCGUGCUCAUAGAGCUGAUGACUUACCGCGUGAGCGACCACACCACGUCGGACGAUAGCUCCGCGUACCGAAAGGAGGACAAGGAGGCAGUCAAGGACUGGCAGAGCAAGGGCCCCAUCGCGCGGUGGCGCGCCUACCUGGAGUCCCAGGGCGCGUGGGACGCGAGCAAGGAGGAUGCCUACCGGAGUCAGGCUCGGGAUGACAUCAUCGCGGCGUUCAAGGUCGGCGAGGCGAAGAAGCGCCCCCCCGUCCGCGACAUGUUCACCGACACCUUCAGCGACAUGCCCUGGCACCUGGAGGAGCAGCACAGGUACGUCCAGCAGCACAUCCGGGAGUACCCCUCGGACUACAACAUCGAGAAGUACCGGGACCUCGACGGCCCAGCCCCGGUGGUGGAGGACCGGAGGCUGGCCUCCGCGCCGCUGCGCGUGCCGCCCGCGCCCACGGGGCCGACGCAGGAGAUGACGAUGGUGGCGGCCAUCAACGACGCGCUCUCCAUCGCGCUGGCAGAGAAGGAGAAGAGCGUGCUGUUCGGCGAGGACGUCGCGUUCGGGGGCGUGUUCCGCGCCUCGGUGGGGCUGCGGGACAAGUUCGGCCCCGAGCGGGUCAUGAACGCGCCGGUGGCCGAGCAGGCCAUCGCGGGCAUGGCGGUGGGGCUGUCCGUGGCUGGCUACAGGGCGAUCGCUGAGAUGCAGUUCGCGGACUACAUCUUUCCAGCCUUUGACCAGAUCGUGAACGAGAUCGCCAAGUAUAGAUACCGCAACGGCGGGGGCGGCUGCGAGAACAUCACCAUCCGCUCGCCGUGCUCCGCGGUGGGCCACGGCAGCAUGUACCACAGCCAGAGCCCGGAGUCGUACUUCGCCCACUGCCCCGGGCUGAAGAUCGUGAUCCCGAGGAAUCCGCGGCAGGCGAAGGGCCUGCUGCUGGCCGCGAUCCGGGAGCCAAACCCGGUGCUCUUCUUCGAGCCGAAGGUGCUUUACCGCUUCAAGUUCCAGGGGGCGGAGGCACAGGUCCCCAUCGGGGACUACGAGCUGCCGCUCGGACAGGCAGACCUCGUGCGCGAGGGGAGCGACGUGACCCUGCUCGGCUGGGGCUCCCAGAUCCAGCGGCUCGAGGCCGCCGCCGACCGGGCCGCGAAGGAGGGCAUAUCCUGCGAGAUCAUCGACCUGCAGACCAUCGUGCCCUGGGACGCGGACUUCGUGGAGGCCUCGGUGAAGAAGACUGGCCGCCUUGUGGUGGCGCACGAGGCACCCGUCACCAACGGCUUCGGGGCCGAGAUCACCGCCAAGAUGCAGGAGCGAUGCUUCCUCCACCUGGAGGCGCCCAUACAGCGGGUGUGCGGCUUCGACACGCACUUUCCAUUCGCGUUCGAGGAGUUCUACGUGCCCUCGGCCGCGAGAGUUUUCGACGCCAUCAAGAAAUCCAUGUCCUUCUAG